AAUGAUAAAAUUUACAAUCAAAUUCAGUUCAGAAACUUUCGCUAUGGUAAACGUACCAACGGUUUGCGUGCUAAUUUUCGCAUUAGCCAAAUUAUCAUGGGGUCUAACCACCACAUUGGAGCCAUCCAUGAAAAUGGGCCGAGUAGUUGGAGGAACUAAUGCUGCUGUUAAUAGUGCACCAUUCAUAGUGUCAUUCCAGCAGAGCGGCAUACACUACUGUGCUGGUAGUAUACUAAACAAGAAUUGGGUACUUACUGCUGCCCACUGUUUGAGUUCAAAGACUCAGGUGAAGAGUACCAUUUUGGUGGCUGGCAGUAUUUAUGUGGCUGGCACAGCAUCUACAACACAAAAACGUACUAUUGACCAUUAUGUAGCUAAUGAUUUGUAUUUGGGAGGAACAUCUCCAUACGAUAUUGGUUUAGUUUAUACCAAGACACCAUUUACAUGGUCAAAUGCUGUCAGUGCCAUUACUCUACCUUCUAGCGGUAGUACACCCACUGGCAAUGCUGUUCUCUAUGGUUGGGGUAGUACAUCAAAAACGAAUAAUGCAGCAUAUCCAUCCACAUUGCAAGUGGCCACCAUUCCCAUCAUACCCUUAAAUACAUGUGAAUCAGCCUUGGGUCCAAAGGGCUCUGAUGUGCAUAAUACAAAUAUUUGUACUGGUCCUCUUACAGGUGGCGUCGGUAUAUGCACCUCGGAUUCAGGUGGACCUUUGAUUCAGCCUAACAAAGGAAAAUAUGUUUUAGUUGGUAUCGUAUCUUGGGGUAAAUUGCCUUGUGGUCAAAUCAACUCGCCGUCCGUAUUUGUAAAAGUUUCAUCAUUUAUAACAUGGAUUACAACAAAUCAAGUGAUUCCCAAAUGAUGAUCAAUCAUUUAUAACAUGGAUCGUAGCAAAGCAAGUGAUUUCUAAUAAAACAUAAUUGAUCAAUGAUUAUUUGCUGAAGCACUAAAUAUACGUUUAUAAUAUUAUUUAACAUUUAUUACAAAAUAAAAUACUUAAAUAAAACUUAUCACAGAAUAA